GACGAGCAAGCAAGCAGUUGCAGUUGCAGCGGCCUCCUCCUCUGCUUCCUCCCUCCUCCUCCUCACCAUGGUGCUGGCUGCGCACGAUCCCCCUCCCCUUGUGUUCGACGCUGCCCGCCUGAGCGGCCUCUCCGACAUCCCGCAGCAGUUCAUCUGGCCGGCGGACGAGAGCCCCACCCCGGACUCCGCCGAGGAGCUGGCCGUGCCGCUCAUCGACCUCUCCGGGGACGCCGCCGAGGUGGUCCGGCAGGUCCGGCGCGCCUGCGACCUGCACGGCUUCUUCCAGGUGGUGGGGCACGGCAUCGACGCGGCGCUGACGGCGGAGGCCCACCGCUGCAUGGACGCCUUCUUCACGCUGCCGCUCCCGGACAAGCAGCGCGCGCAGCGCCGCCAGGGGGACAGCUGCGGCUACGCCAGCAGCUUCACGGGCCGGUUCGCGUCCAAGCUGCCCUGGAAGGAGACGCUGUCGUUCCGCUACACCGACGACGACGACGGCGACAAGUCCAAGGACGUCGUGGCGUCCUACUUCGUGGACAAGCUGGGCGAGGGGUACCGGCACCACGGGGAGGUGUACGGGCGCUACUGCUCUGAGAUGAGCCGUCUGUCGCUGGAGCUCAUGGAGGUGCUAGGCGAGAGCCUGGGCGUGGGCCGGCGCCACUUCCGGCGCUUCUUCCAGGGGAACGACUCCAUCAUGCGCCUCAACUACUACCCGCCGUGCCAGCGGCCCUACGACACGCUGGGCACGGGGCCGCAUUGCGACCCCACGUCGCUCACCAUCCUGCACCAGGACGACGUGGGCGGACUCCAGGUGUUCGACGCCGCCACGCUCGCGUGGCGCUCCAUCAGGCCCCGCCCGGGCGCCUUCGUCGUCAACAUCGGCGACACCUUCAUGGCGCUCUCCAACGGGCGCUACAGGAGCUGCCUCCACCGCGCCGUCGUCAACAGCCGGGUGGCACGCCGCUCGCUCGCCUUCUUCCUGUGCCCGGAGAUGGACAAGGUGGUCAGGCCGCCCAAGGAGCUGGUGGACGACGCCAACCCGAGGGCGUACCCGGACUUCACGUGGAGGACGCUGCUGGACUUCACCAUGAGGCACUACAGGUCGGACAUGAGGACGCUCGAGGCCUUCUCCAACUGGCUCAGCACCAGUAGCAAUGGCGGACAGCACCUGCUGGAGAAGAAGUAGGCAUGCUAUUUGGGUAUGGAAGAUGGUGGAUGUAAGCAAACAAAGCCAAAUUAAGCAGAGUAGGUUAAUUAAGGUUGGCUGAUGAUCCAUUUAGGGAA